GCUAUUCAUCCAGGAUAUGGGUUUUUAUCAGAGAAUCCAAAAUUUGCAGAAUGUCUCGCAAAUGAAAACAUUGUUUUUAUUGGUCCACCAGCAUCAGCAAUGAUUUCUAUGGGUUCAAAAAGUGAAUCGAAAGAUAUCAUGAUUGCUGCUAACGUUCCUGUCGUUCCAGGAUAUCAUGGAACAAAUCAAGAUCCUCAAUUCCUUAAGGAACAAGCUUCAAAAAUUGGUUAUCCUGUUUUAAUUAAAGCUAUAAAAGGUGGUGGUGGAAAAGGAAUGCGUAUUGUUAAUGAUUCAUCUGAAUUUGAAAUUCAACUUGAAUCUUCUAAAAGAGAAGCUAUAAAAUCUUUUGCUGAUGAUCAAGUUCUUAUUGAAAAAUAUCUUGAAACUCCACGUCAUGUUGAAGUACAAAUUUUUGCUGAUACACAAGGAAAUGUUGUACAUCUUUUUGAAAGAGAUUGUUCUGUUCAAAGAAGGCAUCAAAAGAUUUUGGAAGAAGCUCCUGCACCAGGAUUAAGUAAAGAAAUAAGGCAAGAACUUGGUGCAAAAGCUGUCGCCGCAGCUAAAGCUGUUAAUUAUGUUGGUGCUG